CUCAAAAGAGCCAUGGACUUUGUUCUGAAUAAGAUAGAUAAACACUUGGACAAUCAUAGAAGCCUUGAUCAACAUCGGAAGGACCUUAAAAGGAAAUUGGAGGAAUUGAAUGGUUUGAAGGAAGACACAGAAUCUAUAAAGAGAUCAGAGCUGCAGCCGAGAAAGAAACUCAAGGCGGAAGUCCAGAUAUGGUUGGAAAAUGUUGAAAGAGUCAAUGGCGAAGUGCAAGUCCUUGAUGGAAGAAUCGGCGAAAGUAGUGCUCUUACACGUGGAUUUCACACAGAAGAUGUCUCGAAGAGUAUUACGGAAGUUGAAGAACUUAUUAUUCAACAUGGUAAGUUUCAUGGAGGUUUGGUGGUUGACAAUCCUCAAUGGAUAGGACAAGUUUUAUCGACAACAAGUUUAUCAGGUGAAGCUGUAAAGGUAUGUAUUGAAGAGAUCUGGCAUUGUUUGAUGGAUGAUGAGGUUCCAAAGAUUGGAGUUUGGGGCAUGGGUGGCGUGGGGAAAACAAGCAUCAUGAAGGUUAUAAACAACCAACUCUUAAAAGAGACAGGGAAAUUUGAUAUUGUGAUUUGGAUCACUGUAUCCAAAGAGAUGAAUGUUGCUAAACUGCAGAAAGACAUUGCUAGUAAAAUUGGAGUAGAAUUUUCUGGUGAUGAAGAUGAAACUACAAGGGCAGGGAGGCUCUUUGGAACAUUGUCUCAGAAGAGUAGGUUUGUGAUGAUCUUGGAUGACCUAUGGGAGAAGGUUCCACUUGAGAGAAUAGGAAUUCCUGACCCGUCGAAUGGGAGUAAAUUAGUGUUGACAACAAGAUCAGCUGAUGUGUGUCGACAAGUGGGUUGUAGAAUGAUUAAAGUGAAGCCUCUGACGGAAGAAGAGGCAUGGAAGUUGUUCUUAGAGAAGGCGGGCUGUGAUAUUCGAGGGGUGGAACCAAUUGCAAGAUCAGUUUCUAAGCAUUGUGCAGGUUUGCCCUUGGGAGUAAUUACUAUAGCUUCUUGUAUGAAGGGCAUUGAUGACAUUUCAGAAUGGAGGAAUGCACUAAAAGAAUUAAGUCUACGCAAAAAGAGUGUUAAUGGAUUCGAAGAUGAAGUGUUCCAACAAUUACAAUUUAGUUAUGAUCGUUUAAAGAAUCCAAAACUUCAAGACUGUUUCCUCAGUUGUGCAUUAUAUCCAGAAGAUGAGGAAAUUGAAGAACGAAGUCUUAUUCAACUUUGGAUCGGAGAAGGGCUAGUGGAAGAAAUGGAUAGCAUGCAGGCAGAGUAUGACAAUGGUCGUGCAAUAAUGAAUAGACUCAUCAGCAAUUGUUUGUUGGAAGGUUUUACUAAAAGAGGAAAUAGAAGAUGUGUAAAGAUGCAUGAUCUUUUAAGGGACAUGGCAUUGCGUAUUGCAAAAUCUCGAUUCUUGGUAAAAGCCGGCAUGAUGUUAGAAAAGGCACCAGAUGUGCAAGAAUGGAGCAUGAAUCUAGAGAAAGUUUCGUUGAUGAGGAAUUGGCGGUUAUGUAUACCCUUGGAAAUGUCAUCCCCAAAGUGCCCCAGGGUCACAACAUUGUUGUUGUCUGGUUGCUGUUUAGAGAGUAUUCCAGAAGGAUUUUUCAAGCAUAUGGAUGCACUUAAGAUUCUUGAUCUUUCCGGGAAUCCUAUCAAGAGUCUUCCGCAUUCCUUAUCAAAUUUGAAGAACCUCACUUCAUUGUUGCUUGCAUGUUGUGAAGAUUUAAGGAAUGUUCCAUCGUUGUCAAAUCUUGGAGUUUUAAGGAAGUUGGAUCUUCGAGGAACAAAGAUCAAGGAAAUCCCUCAAGGAAUGGAAAACCUGGUGAGUCUCGAGCAUCUAAAUCUGGAUGAGUCAAUUCACCUGCGGCGAACUAUGAUAAAUGAGAUCCCGAAUGGAGUACUUUCAAGACUCUGUUGUCUUCAAGACUUGAUCGUCGGUAAAACUGUGGUAAAUGGAAAGGAGGUUGGUGGAUUGAAGAAACUGGAAAUUCUUAAAGGGAUGUUUUACGACUGGCACAACUUAAAUAUGUAUCUCGAAGCUUGUCGUGGCCGAGAAGAGCCUCGUCAAUACAGAAUCUACGUGGGAAAUAGAUACUUUCAUAAGUAUACUGAAUAUGGAGGAAAACAAAUUGUUGCAAGGGGUUGUAACAUCUAUAACUACCAGAUUGUGCUUCCACGUGACAUUGAGGGAUUGCAUAUCACGGAUUGCAAUGUUGAUUGCAGUGAGGAAUACCCGCUUUUCUCCAGGUUUAUCCUCUCCUCACUUUCCUCCUUUUCAUCUCUUAAAUCUCUUCAUAUAUAUGAUUGUGGGAAUAUGAAAAAGUUGUUCUCCCCAAACUGUGUGCCGCCAAAUUUACAAAGGCUUAGAGUUGGUGGGUGUAAGCAAUUGGAGGAAAUAAUAACAUCAGAAGUUGAACCGGAGGAAAGAGGAAUGGUUAUCACGGAGUUUCAUCUUCCACAACUACGACAAUUGUUGUUGAAUGGUCUACCGGAAUUGAAGAGCAUUUGCAGUGCUGGUGGAGUACUGGUUUGUGAUUCUCUUGUCGUAUUUCAGAUUGUAUACUGUCCAAAAUUAAAGAGGAUGGGUCUUAAUCUUCCCAAACUUGAUAAUGUCCCACCAUCUGCAUCUGCAAAUCUUUCUCUUGAAGUUCGGAUAAGACCAAAGAAGUGGUGGGAAUCAGUGGAAUGGGAUGGUCCCCAACCCAAGUCUCUUUUCGACCCCUUCGUGAGAUUUUGCUCUAUUCUUGUUAUGGCUCAAAGCCUGGAGUAUGUUGCUGUGUCGUUGGAAUUUUCCUCAAGAAAUGCCAAAGCCUUUACCAAUAAAAGACAAGCUUUGCUUACAGUCAGGAGUCAUCGGUUAGAGCGGAUGCUGACUGGUACAAUGAUGCCAUCGCCAGAAACUGUUAUCAAUGAUGAUGGUGUUGUGAUUCUGAACGAUGAAUAUGAGGAGAUCGUAGCACAGGAUAAUGCGCUCGCGUCUUGGCUUUUGUCGACAAUGAAUGCUCACUUACUGCCAUACUUUGUUGGGGCUGAAACUGCUGUCAGUGUUGGAGUAAAGUGCUUCAAUUCUUUGCAAACCGAUCUGUGA